AUGCAACUGAGAAACCGAGUGAAGAGAGCACCUGUUCUGUUGAACCGGAACCUUACCCGCGCCUUGCGCGCCCAUCGCCAUCUGCUAGGACGAACCAACCCCCAAGAUUCGCUCAAAGAGACCCCCGACCUCCGUUCUGACUGGAAACCCCCCUCGUGGGACGCUCUCGACGAGAUGGUGGACCUCGACCGAUCAAAAGGCUGUUUUGUUCUGGAUGUCCACAGCAUUAAACCUAUUCACCAGCCCCAACGACUCGAAUCGACUCAGCCCCCUGCAAAAACACGAAUGUUGCUGCAGGCAAAAGUUGUCAUGAAUGUGUCUGUGUACUCGCCACUGUCUGACCAUGCAUGCGUGAGCAUACCUCCUCAGGAUGCCAUUCUACGGGGCAAAGCUCACCAGAGCGAUAAAUCUGUGUCCGUAGACACAGAACGUGUGGCCAUCAAUCCAAAGGACUUCAAUCUUCCAGACCUACAGACAGAAACAAACGAUCCUUUCCAAAUGCGCAUCAGUUUCGAGAUGGACAACGCGAGUGACGCCGAGGAACUCUACAAUCAUCUCGACCCUGUAACCGCCUCAUUACAGGAUCCAUCCACUCGUAUACAUGCGGUAUGGAAGGAUGUUCUAGAAUGUCCCGAAGGCACGGCCUUCCUUCAACUGCGAGACUACGGUGGCCCUCUAGGGUUCGAAUUAGGAGUCUCAAUGGGGUGGGUGUCCGAAGCUGGGGACUCUAUUCUCGCUACACAUAACAACCGCCUGCGCGCCCGGGCGCGGCCUGAAGUUCCACAUUCGUUUCCGGUGCUUAUUGAGCCAAAGAUAAAACUUAUUUUUGUUUACGAAAAGGAGACUAUCAUCAGGUACCGCCUAUCUACAAACAUCAACGAUCUCUGCAUGCAUUUGGACUGCUGGCAUGAUUACUUCGAGUACAAAACUGUGAGGCUAGGGCUCGACGAUGAAGGCAACGAGGUCUGGAAGUUCACAGCCGAUAUCUCUGACCACAGAGCUCACAGAGCCGACCAAAGAGCAAGUGCAAAGGCUGAUGAACCAGCGGACAUUCGAAUCGUAUUACCAUCACACCCAUUUGACGAACGCGCUUAUCUACACAAGGGUGACGAUCGCUAUCGCCGUGCGGCGAGAAAUAACAAACGAUACACGGUACCGAGAGCAGCCAUGACGGUGCCCCUAAGCAUACCUAAGCCCCUCAGACGGAAACCUCCAGACGAGGUACGCGACAUGCCGCCGCAAGUUAAAAAGACAUAUCUCGUGCCCGAGGCACCUCCUGGCGUCACAUUCUUCAGAGCUGUGAGCAGACGGCCGCUUGAGACGGGAGAAUAUAUAAGUGAAAGCGAUGAUGAGGUGGAUGAUUCGUGGAUCAAACUCCGCAAAUGGGCAGAAUUCGAAAAGGAUAGGAGCUUAUCAGACCCUGCCAAACGCUUUCUGAAGGGGUUUGACGCUCAUAUGUGGGAGGAGCGGUUGCAGUCCGACGUUCAUGUGGGCGAUUCGAUAGUUCGCUUUGCACGUCAAAAUCGCGACUGGAUAUGGAAGGAGAAUGUGUUUGAACCUUUCAAGAAAAAGAUCGACGAGCUGCUACAAGACGGCAUCAUCUCUCAGGAGACACAUACGGGCAUUCUAAGCCUUGUGGAAGCAGCACGACCAGCCGAAGCUGAAGAAGCAUCAAAUAUAUCGAAAAUUCUGGCCAAUCUGGAAGUCAGACAAUCGUCGCACGAUGAUCUCUACGACGACCCUCCACCGCUUCGCACGCGGAGAUCGCAAGAACCAGACGGGAGCUCGAACCAUAACAAAGCUAACAAAGGAAAAGGGAAGACUAGAGUCACCGAUACUGGGCAUCUGACACCCAUCACUGCAGACUCAGACGGAGACUUAGAGAUGCGAGAAGCCACCCUCAUCACGGAGCUUGUUCGCACGGAACAAGCAAAAGAACCAGAACCCGCUCCCUACGACUCGUGUCUGUGUGGUGCAGACGCACAAGCCUCGAGUCGAAACUCACCGCUCGUUGCGUGCAGCAGCAUGGACUGUAUACGACGCAGCUUCCACUACGACUGCAUCAAAGAGCGCUGGGGAAUUGAACAAGAUUUUCGCACACUCAGAAAGUCGCCUUGGGUAUGCGAGGACUGCAAACCUCAUACAGCGACAGGGAACUAG